AUGGCACUUUCAAGCGCUGUCGGCCGCCACCGCAACAUAUUCGAGAAACUGUGUGAUCCCUCCCUCUAUACAGGUACCCGGUUGCAAAGCAGCAUCGCAGCAAAACUGCUGCCUUCCCCGAUUGUCUGCAGGAGCACAUAGGGAGCGAUUCGAUGAGAACGGCAAGGGCAGAGGGCUGGCGGGACGAGAGUAGGCAGCACACUCAGCUUUGCUCGUAUGCCUGGCCCUGUUGUGUCUCGUGUAGAUACGUGUAUUACGUUGAUGGGAUGACUGAGAGCCCCACGCGAUGCCACGAGGUAUACUCGUCUGUGAGGGAGAGACCCAAACGCAAACCGCUCAGAAGACCUCCCGCGCUCAAAGGUAGAUGGAUGGCCCAUGACCUCCACGACCGCCAUUGUGGCCAUUGUUCUCCUGUGUUUGUGUUCAUGCAGAGCGUAUGUCCGGGGCGUCAGGCGGUGUCUAUGCCUAGCCAUCGCACGCCAUUGACUUUUUGGACGACAGACCGCCGAGGGCGAAGCUCAUAUGGCUGUACAGAAACGGAGACAAGAAACACCUGGUGACAAGACGCUCACAAACGAGACACAAGCGUCGGGUAUAUGCGUCUCUCUCUCUCUCUUCAUUCAGGGCUCUCCCUCCUUCGUGCGGCCGCAUGUGCAGUCGCUGGACCUGCUGUAUCGUGAAGCGUCAGCUGAGAUCCGCCUGCUCACCGGGCCGGUCAAACGUCUGUAUGACCAACAUCUGGAGGCAAUCAGAGACAUAGACGACCUCACCGACGGCGGCAAGUAUCUCUGCUGCGCCGGCGAGCAGCCAUGUAUGGAGAAGCUGGACCAUUUCCUCUCUGACUACGUCGUAUGGCCGACUCUGCUGCACACGAGAUAA